UGGUCAGUGUUACCCUGAUGCCUGACGCAGUGAGUGUGUGUGUGUGUUUCUGUGCGUGUGUGUGCGUGCCUGCGUGUGCGUGCCUGCGUUUGUGUGUGUGUCUGUGCGUGUGUGCGUGCCUGCGUGUAUGUGUGUCUGUGCGUGCGUGCGUGCCUGCGUGUGUGUGUCUGCGUGUGUGCGUGCCUGCGUGUGUGUGUCUGCGCGUGUGUGCGUGCCUGUGUGUGUGUGUGUCUGCGCGUGUGUGCGUGCCUGUGUGUGUGUGUGUGUCUGUGCGUGUAUGUGCGUGCCUGCGUGUUUGUGUGUCUGUGCGUGUGUGUGUCUGUGCGUGCCUGCGUGCGUGCGUGUGUGUGUCUGUGUGUGUGUUUGUGUGUGUGUCUGCGUGUGUGUCCGUGUGUGUCUGUGCGUGUGUGUCUGUGCGUGUGUGUCUGUGCGUGUGCGUGCGUGCCUGCGUGUGUGUCUGUGCGUGUGUGUGUGUGUCCGUGCGUGCCUGCGUGCGUGCGUGUGUGUGUGUGCGUGCGUGCCUGCCUGUGCGUGUGGGUGUGUGUCUGUGCGUGCCUGCGUGCGUGCGUAUGUGUGUCUGUGUGUGUGUCUGUGCGUGUCUGCGUGUGUGUCCGUGCGUGCCUGCGUGUGUGUCUGUGCGUGCCUGCGUGCGUGCCUGUGCGUGUGCGUGCGUGCCUGCGUGUGUGUCUGUGCGUGUGUGUGUGUGUCCGUGCGUGCCUGCGUGCGUGCGUGUGCGUGUGUGUGUGUGCGUGCGUGCCUGCCUGUGCGUGUGGGUGUGUGUCUGUGCGUGCCUGCGUGCGUGCGUGUGUGUGUCUGUGUGUGUGUCUGUGCGUGUCUGCGUGUGUGUCCGUGCGUGCCUGCGUGUGUGUCUGUGCGUGUGCGUGCCUGCGUGCGUGCCUGUGCGUGUGCGUGCGUGCCUGCGUGUGUGUCUGUGCGUGUGUGUGUGUGUCCAUGCGUGCCUGCGUGCGUGCGUGCGUGUGUGUGUGUGUGCGUGCGUGCCUGCCUGUGCGUGUGGGUGUGUGUCUGUGCGUGCCUGCGUGCGUGCGUGUGUGUGUCUGUGUCUGUGUCUGUGCGUGUCUGCGUGUGUGUCCGUGCGUGCCUGCGUGUGUGUCUGUGCGUGUCUGCGUGUGUGUGUGUGUGCGUGCGUGCCUGCCUGUGCGUGUGGGUGUGUGUCUGUGCGUGCCUGCGUGCGUGCGUGUGCGUGUGGGUGUGUGUCUGUGCGUGCCUGCGUGCGUGUGUCUGCGUGUGUGUCCGUGCGUGCCUGCGUGUGUGUCUGUGCGUGUGCGUGCCUGCGUGUGUAGUGGUGGGGGGGCUGCUGUCGGCCCACCUCUUGGCCGGACGGGCAGGGAUGGAGCUGGAGCCCGGUUGGCCCUGUUCUGGACCGCUGCUGAGGAUGGCGGAGGACGCCGCCAGGAAACUUCUUCCUGCGUUCCAGACUGCGAGCGGCAUGCCCUACGGCACCGUCAACCUGCUGCACGGGGUCAGUCCCUCGGAGACGCCCGUCACCUGCACCGCCGGCGUGGGAACCUUCAUCCUGGAGUUCGCCACCUUGAGUCGACUGACGGGAGACGGAUCGUUUGAGGACGCGGCCCGUCGAGCUCUCAGAGCUCUGUGGAAAAGCAGAUCCGACAUCGGGCUGGUGGGGAACCACAUCGACGUCCUGUCUAGGAAGUGGGUGGCUCAGGACGCGGGCAUUGGAGCGGGCGUUGACUCCUACUUCGAGUACUUGGUGAAAGGAGCCGUGAUGCUGCAGGACGAGGAGCUGCUCGACAUGUUCCAGGAAUUUGAUCGAGCCAUUCAGAACUACACACGCUUUGACGACUGGUACCUGUGGGUCCAGAUGCAUAAAGGAACCGUGUCCAUGCCCAUUUUCCAGUCUCUGGAGGCGUUCUGGCCCGGCCUGCAGUCUCUGCUGGGGAACCUGGACAGCGCAGCCAGAACCUUUCAGAACUAUUACUCAGUCUGGAGGCAGUUUGGAGGCCUGCCCGAGUUCUACAGCAUCCCUCAGGGCUACACGGUGGACAAGAGGGAAGGGUACCCCCUGAGACCGGAGUUGAUCGAGAGCGCCAUGUACCUGUUCAGGGCCUCAGGUGACCACACCUACCUGCAGCUGGGCCUGGACGCUCUGGAGUCCAUAGAGAGGAUUGCCAAGACCCCCUGCGGAUACGCUAGCGUCAAAGACCUGAGGGAUCACCAGUUGGACAACAGGAUGGAGUCCUUCUUUCUCGCUGAGACAAUAAAGUACCUUUACCUGCUCUUUGACCCCAGCCACUUCCUGCAUGGCGGAGGGGUGGAGUGGGACGGGUCGUGGGAAGAGGGCGGGGAGGCAGGCCAGUGUGUUUUAGGGGCGGGGGGCUUCAUCUUCAACACAGAGGCUCACCCACUGGACCCGGCAGCGCUCUACUGCUGCAGCCGCCAUUCCCAGGACCAGCAGGAGCUCAGAGACAUCCUGCUCAGCCUGUCGCAGGCGGAGGGAAAGUCUGGACAGCAGUCAGGACGCGCAGAGGGCCCCCCCCCCGACCAGCUGGACAGCAUCGCUGCGAGAUCUGGCGACAGGAAGACGCCUCCCCUGCUGUCCUGCCCCGUUCAGCCAUUCAGCGCUCGACUCUCCAUCCUGGGACAGGUUUUCACAGAUAAAGCCUGAUGCCUGGGCUCCACUCACCUCAGGAAUCACCGCCCGACACUGACUCCAUGUUGUCUUAUUUAAAUAUAUUUUUAUUUAUUAAAAAUGA